CAUGUAAUCAUUCCCACCAUACCGGUCCGAGUGAGUGCCGCGCGAUUAUGCGACAAAUCCGGACCAGAUCAAUAUCCUAGUACCCUAAUUAUUAUAGUGUUGCCGUAUUAAGUAUUCGAAUUAAGUACUGGUUCAUAUUUCAGCUAAAAUGUCGUAUCUUACCGUGGAAAAUGCGAAAACUCUCAUCCAAAACGGGCAUGCCACCAAGUGCCCUCCAGCCAAAAACGGUUUCAUAACAAACGCCCUCCACGAAAGCAAUGCUUCCAAGGACAUGAGUAAUGGUAGUAUAUCAAAUGGAAAUGGCGCCUUCCACCACUCUAAGAAAGAGCAGCCUCUCACUAUAUUAUCAAGAUUAAAUGUGAUGUCAUCAAAUCUUUUUUAUUUCUUUUGGAAGCACUUCCGAAGACUGUUCAGUAGACACAGUUCCAAGUCUAAACCUCACCUGAAUGGAAGUGCCUGUAAAAUGCAAGAAAGUCACUCUGAUCCAGAUGAGUGGAAAUCCAGAGAAAGUUUUGAGGCACCCUCAGUCUAUGUUGUUGCCACUACCAUGUUAGGUUUCACAAUGGUGAUGCUGCUCAAUGCCCUCAGUCGAUUUAUAUAUGCACCGAAAGUUGCUGUAGAAAAUAAAAACAGAAAGGGUUAUGCUCCACUGUACAACAAGUUCGACCUAUUCUACUCACAGUAUGUCUAUAGACGUGUCAAAGAUUGUUGGAAUCGCCCAAUAUGCAGUGUACCAGGCGUGGAAGUUGAACUGAAGGACCGAGUCAGUCAUGAUUCUAAUUGGACUUUCCAAUUCAGUGGCACAACAAGCAAAUGUAUCAAUCUAGGAUCUUACAAUUAUCUUGGCUUUGCUGAAAAUUCUGGACCAAGCAUUGAAGCUGUCAAAGAAACUAUCAAAACAUAUGGUGUCUCUUUGUGUAGUUCUCCAUCAGAAUAUGGGCUCUCUCCAUUACAUUUCGAGUUGGAAAAAUUGACCGCAAGAUUCCUAGGAGUGGACGAUGCAAUCAUUUUCGGAAUGGGUUUUGGCACCAACGUUUUAAAUUUACCAUGCAUUCUCUCAGAGGGUUGUUUAGUUUUCAGUGACGAGAAAAAUCAUGCCUCGCUGAUCCUCAGUCUGAGACUAUCCAAAGCCUCUAUCACUGUUUUCAAACAUAAUAAUAUGAAGGACCUAGAGAGGAAGUUAAGGACUGCCAUCAUUAAGGGCCAACCAAAAACAGGAAAACCAUGGAAAAAAAUUCUAGUCAUUGUAGAGGGAGUAUACAGCAUGGAAGGUUCGAUAGUGCAUUUGCCUCAAUUAUUGAAGUUGAAAGAAAAAUACAAGGUAUACCUCUACGUGGAUGAAGCACACAGUGUUGGUGCCUUAGGCCCUGGAGGAAGAGGCGUCACUGAGUACUUUGGGAUCGAUCCAAAAAAAAUAGACAUUCUAAUGGGAACUUUUACUAAAUCCUUCAAUGCAGCCGGUGGCUAUCUAGCAGGAUCUCAGGAAGUAAUUGAUUACAUUCGGCGAAACAGCCACGGCACACACUAUGCACCAAGUAUGUCUCCUCCAAUUAUGAGGCAAAUCUCCACCACAAUGCAAAUCAUCAUGGGUGAAGAUGGCACAGAUGAAGGCCAGAGAAGAAUAGGUCAGCUCAGGAAAAACAUUCGUUACUUCCGUCAAAAGUUACACCAAAUAGGUGUGAUAAUCUUCGGCAAUGACAACUCACCCGUGGUUCCGCUAAUGGUAUAUUUAUUUUCAAAGCUCCAUGUUGUGCUAAAAGAGUUCAAAGAACGGAAUGUUGCUGUAGUUGGCGUUGGGUUCCCAGCAGCACCACUGUACAUGGGUCGAUUAAGAUUCUGCAUUUCCGCCGGUCAUACUAAAGAACAACUGGACACGGCAAUAGGAAUAAUUGCUGAGUUUGCAGAUCAGUUUGGUCUGAAGUAUUCAAAGAAACCUCGCUUUGAAGGGGAAAUCAAGUAUGAAGACGUCAAAGUAUAAGGUUGUUCCUUUUUUAUUUUGGCUGUUAUUCGUUUUUGCAUUCCUAAUUAGUUAUCUUAAGUAACUAAAUUCUUCAAUGCUCAAAAAGAAGGAAAAUCUUCUGAAUGACAUGAGGAACAUUCUCUAUAGACGUUAUCACAGUCUGCCACGUUUGGUCAUCUUAGAUGUCCUCCUGUUGGUUUUCAGAACAAUUAUUUUUUGUUUCAAAAUUGUCAGUCAUUUAAUUACUUCUCUUUAUAACUACCUUCUUUUAACUCCAUCACCGUAAGUUACUUGCUAGUUUUUUCAGCGUAAGUAAAUCUGUUGUACUUCCUUUUUUAGUUUGGCUCAUUUUUUCUGUACUUAUCCUCUCUUCUAAGUUAGAAGUAAAAGCAUCAAAGACAGUCAAUAUCUAAUUGCUUUGAGCAGUUGAGUUGUAAGCUAAUUUUAUCUCUUUAGGGAGGAAAGAGUCUGACCAAAGGGCUAAGGAUCAAAUUCUUUAGUCUUGUAGAAAAAGAGUUGCUUUAAGCAUCCCUCCCCCCUGUUAAUUUCUACUCUCUACUGUGGUCUCAUCUCAUAUCACAUUUUUAAAGACAAUGUUUUUUUAAGAAAGUACCUGAAAUGAGUCAGUGAUGGAGAAUCUAUUGAAAACUGUAGUUUUCUUGAUUUUGAAUCAGUGAAUGGCAUUGUAUGGAUACUUCUUGAAGUUAGUAGCUAUAAGGACGAGAAAUAAAGUCUUCCAAGAGGCUCCUCUUUUUGCCUCAUUCAUAAGUAAUUUUUUAAUGUCUAACUGGUAAGAAUUAUUCAUAAUCUCUAGGCACUAAAAUUUCUUUGAUAUUUAUUUCCUUAAGAAGAAGCAAGAAAAACCUGUGCAGUAAUGUUUUUAGUCUCAAAGCCAGGCAGCCAUGAAAAACAAGCCCUGCCGUUGGAAAUGUAAAAAUGAUCUCAUUCCUAUAUAAAUACUGAACCAGUAAAAAACAUAUAAUAAAUUUGCAAAAUUUCAAAAACAAGUCAUUGGACGCAGAGAAAAACUCUUGGAGUGAUUUAUGAAAUUUUUCUGGUGUUAUCUUGGAGGAGAAAUAGUAUGUCAGUUUUUCAUCCUAUCAUUUUUCAUAGAUCAUUCUCUUUCUGGAAUAAAACCAACAAGGUUGAGAUAUCUCUCUUAAAUUUUAGCCAGCUCCCUCUAUUUUUUUUUCCUCAAAAGCCAAAUUAUGCAGACAAUAUUUGCAUCUAUAUCCGCUUUAAAAGUGAUUAAAAGCCUCAGAUAUCUAAGCACAAUUCUUAUUUUCCACAGCGAAGUUUCUCUGUUGAGGACUUUCUUUCACUUUUUUCAAUAGCUUGAAAAAAAGUUGUUCUAAAAAUUCGAAAGCUCUAAUCUGUGUAGUUGAUAGAACAACAGGAAUAAUUCUGAACUUCUGGAAUGAAAACCAAAGUUCAAAAAUUCAGAAAAUGCCCAAAAGUUUUUUUAGUCAUAACUUUGGUCUACGGUGUAUUUUCUCUGUUACACACAUUAUUUGUAGCUAUCUCAUCGUUUCAAAUGUAUAACUUAAAUAAUUGAUUUUUAGGAUUAAAUCGCUGAAUUUGAACUUAUUAUCUCUAGUCCUCAAGGGUUUACUCUCAUUACUGUAAUGUUAAACUUCAAAUCCCUUAAUUAAUAAGUCAAACUUCAGAGGAAGAUCCCCAGAGAAAGUUCUGGGAGAUUCAUUUUAAUCAAAUUUUGAUACAUACAAAAUAACUUGUCUUCUUUCUUGUCUUUGGAGACAUACGAAGUAGUCUUGUAAUAAAAUAUUUAAAGUAUCAGUACAAGAAUAAAUCAACAAUAACUCAGCAGAGAUGCAUAUCUCGUUUGUAGUGUUUCAAAAUCUCUGCUUCUAUUUUAUUUUAUCAAAAAAGAACAAACCAACAGUCUUUUCUAAACUUUCCACCUAAUAUUCUUCUUGUAGAAAAGAAAAAUUAGGAAAUUUUAAAAAAAAAAUGACAAUGCUUAUUUUUUCAUCUAAAAACUAUAGCAUGACAAGAGGUCUGCUAAGUCGCAAACGGAGAUAUGUGUUCCUGCAAUUUCACCAUUCAUAUGUUUUUUAAUUAUAUUACGACCUGAUCUCUAAAUUUCAUUUUUUUUAUUUUUAUUUUUAAUUUUCGUAAAUUUUGCUUUUUGCAGUCAUUUGUCUUUUGUUUAUGAAAGUAUUAUUUUUUUCUCCGUCCUUUUUUUUUUUUUUUUUUUUUUGAAAUUGGAGUUCUAGAAGGAAGAGCUACUUAUAUUAUCUAUUCUAUUCGGCAUAUUAAUUUACAUAAUUUUUUUAAGUGAUCCGCAGAUGUAUUACCUUAGGCACCUUGAAGGUUAUUUAUUUGGUGCAGCUCACAUGUUUUCAGAUAGCUAGAAAGUCAAGUAUUAUCAGUGUUCAAUCAUUCAUAAAUUACCCAAUAACAAAUUGUGUUCAUCUAAAUUAAUGUUAUUUUUCACCUUGAUUAGAAUCGUUGGGCCUCACAAAAUACAUGAAACUUAACGCACUAUGUGCCACGCAGAGCUCAUGGACCCAUUACCAGGAUUAAUCUGUGACAUUGCAGCGAGCUUUUAAGGCCAAACAACAGCAAACCAUCAGUAUCUGUAGGGAAACUUUGUUAAACAUUUUUUGACCCUAGCUUAAAAGUUUCUCAUUUUUUCACCGAAAUUGGUGCGUUUUUUUGGUGCCAUGAGAACAAAUAUGUAAUAGAACACAGGGGUAAAACUUUUCAACUCCCCAUUUCUGUCAUAUAUUAAGAAUAAACAAUUGGUUGAAAUAUUAUUUUUGGUCAUUGAAUCUAUUUCAGAUAUUUUUAUGUUAAUGUUAUUAACAAAACAUAUCCAUGUGCUUUGUGAAAUCUAAAUUAUAUUUUAAGUAAGAAAACUACGCUUAACUGUUUCAUUAUAAAUGGUCUCAGUCACAUGGAAAAGUCAGUAAAUCUAAUUUUUGUUGUAGUCUGUACAGAACCUUUUUUUGUUUAUCAAGGCAGUGAGAAUGAAGAAAAUUUUCUUAGGCAUUAGUCUCCCUAAGCAAAAAAGAAUAUGAAGAGCUCCAUUUUGUUUUUAAAUGAGAGGGGAUAGGGUACGGCUUCUUUUCGUCAUAUUAGAGAAUCAACGUUUUCAUGGGAGUAAUUGAUUCUAUUCAUUAAGUAUUAAGUUAUCCAGAAUUUAAACCAAUCCGAAACAUCAUUGUAUGAGGCUCUAAGUAACCGAAAUAUCGGAAACAAUCACGUUGGUUCAAUCAGGGGAAAACAGACCGAUAAGCAGAAAUGCAAGUUACAUACAUAGUUACAAUACAUUUUUCUGAAAUUGGGAUAGCUUUGAGCUUAAUCUCAAAGUGUUCCAAAUCUCCUUAAAUUUUAGAUAACUAAUUAUUGCACAAAUAGAACCAAACACCACCCUAGGAGUGUCGAUUUUCCAACCUAACCGAAACUUUAGAGGGGGAGAGGGAGGUGGUACAUCUACCUUGUGGCCAAGAUAUUAAAAAAAAUACACAUGUCCAUGAAUAUUCUCAUGUUUAUCACAUUUUAUACUGUGGAUUUAAGAUGGUUGCAAUUCGAUUGCUUCCAGUGAUACAUUUCUUGUACACUUGUCUGAUCAGUUUCAUUGUUUUUAUUUGCUUUUUCUCUAGCUCUUAUUAUUUUAUUUUUAAUUUAUAAACGUUUUGGGUCUAUAAUUAAAUAUUGAGCCCAAGUCCAAUUUUUCAGUUAAAUGUACAUACCAUUAUAAUGUAACUUGUGUAUUAUCUAUAAAAAAAAAAAACUUGAAGGAUAAAAACAUAUUUGAUUCAUCAAGCUUUGCCUUCAAUUCUUUGUUCAUUAUAUUUUAUAUAGUCAGAAAUUGUAAUACCUUGAAAUGCUCUUGAAUGUAUUCAAAUUUUCAAUUCCUUGUUUCGCUUCAUAUUGAAUUCUCUUGCAAGUUCUUGGGUUUGUAAUCAUUUGGUGAUUUUGUUAAUGACCAUCUGCUCAUCAAUCACUUUAUACACCUGCCAUCUCAUGAAGGCUCUUGUGGGGGUCAAAAGUCGCUGCCCCAAAGCUGAACAAAUUUGCCUGUGAGCAAAGUCUUGCUAUUGCUUCAGAGGAAAGAUGCGAGGGCUAUUUCGAAUGUAGAAUUAGGUGCAUUUAUUUCUGUAUUUUUUGUAAUCAUCUAGUCAUAACUGCUUUUCUAGAAAAGUUAGAUGACUGUUUCUUACUCACUCAAAAUUGCUUACAAUAACUAAGAAGAAACUCAAGAAACAGGAUUGGAUCAUUUUGAAGGAUAUUUCCUCAAUUUCAUUUAGCCUUUUUUUUUUCAACGGCAGUCAAUGCAAUUCUGAACAAUUUUAAUUUAAAAAUUUAAAAGUUAAUAAUUAUAUCAAGACUUUACUCUGUUUGAAAAAAAAAAAACAUGCUCUACGCACCCUUAUUGCACAUUGUUGGACUAUUCAUUAAGUACAGAACCCUGAAAAAAGGGUUCUUUGUUGUUUUUGCCUGUAAAAUACCUAAUAAUCAAGUUUUUCACUUAUCACACAAAAAGAAAUAUAUUAGUAUUGGCUUUUUUUUUAAUAACUGUAGUUUACUUUUUCAUCUGUUCAGAUAAUGUUUCACAUUAUUUUUACUUGAGAGUUAUUUUUCCACUCGAUUGAUUAGGUACAGUGCAGUUAUACCGAUUUUAUCCUCAUUUUUCUCAGUGGUUUUUAAUUAAAUGUAAACGGACAAUAUCAUAAUUUGCAUCAAUUGAAGUCAAGUUUUUAUAUUAUAAUUUUUAGUAAUGCCUGUAAUGUUGUUACCUAACUUAUUAUACGCAAAUAAAAAUUACUCACUUCAAAA